CUAGAUUAUACUCUCACCAACCAGUCGUGUCUUGGGGAAGCCCAACGCAACGCAACGCAAUAUGGGGAUUCUGUCAUGGUUUAGGGGCGGCAAUAAACAAGCUGAGGGGGGCAACAACCGUGGGGAUUCUACAUCUUUUCCUUCGGAAUCUGCCUCGAAAACGAACCCCGGUUCGAAUUCCCAAUCUUCGUCUUCUUCUUCUUACCAAAAGCAGGAGGCAUCCGGCCCGAACGGAGCCGUGGAAGUUUCUAGACCCCUAUCGCUGCCGGAGGUUACUGUUUUUGAGUUUGGUUUCGUCGCCACUUCUGCCGACAAGGUAACGAUAUCCGGUUACUGCCCCGUUUCCGAUGAGCUGGAGCCCUGCCGUUGGGAGAUUCUUCCGGCGAGUGCAUCCGAUGCCCCCCAGUUUCGCGUGGUAUUUUGAGCUGUGGGAGACCCCAGUGAGUUCGCAAAAUCUAUCUCUGGUGUACUGCAAUUUUUGUACUUCCUUAUGGAUUGUGCUGUGAGUCUUGAGUAUUUUCUUGGUUUUUAUGAUUAAAGUAGACGUUUAAUUUGCAGUUGAUGAAAUGUAUGCCUUCAUAUUCUUCAUUGCAGAUAUGUUUGUUCUAGCUAUGUGAGGUUUAAGAACAUAGAUCAAGUGAAUGUAUUUGAUUUAAUGCUUAUUCACAUUAGUGUUGAGUGUUGUAAGUUAGGGCUUGGUAAUUGUUGUAGUGGUUAACAAUAGAUCUUGAAAAUUAUUGUUGAAUAGUAAUGAAGAAAUCCGCGUUUCCAAAGCUCACCAAAGUGGAGUAAAUUUAGGUGCUGAGUAAUUAUUAUGUACAAGUAUGAAUGAAUUGGCAGAUCUGUAUAAAGUUUGAGGCUUUAUGCUUCAUUCAAACCGCCCCGCCUUGAGGCGCCUCCCCUAUGCCCAAAUGCCUAAAAGCUCCACAGCCUAUUUGGAACAAGUGUCAUUUCAAACUUGGGGUCAUACUCUUCUUUUAUGCUUGUAUUGCGCAGCCCUAAGUGGCGGAAGAAGAUCACUACAAGUUGAUGGUCUUGCCGGGACAAUUAUGACUAUCUCGUAGAAUACCAACAUGCCCCCAAACUGUAUGCUGAAUGCACUCUUGCUGGCUCAAAAACGUUUUUGCAUGUCACAAUGAUUUUUGGUGACUAUUCUGAAAGCUAGCCAUGUCUCUCAAAGUCACCAAAAACACUUGAAAGUAUGUGGGGAGAUUCAAAUGAUAUUUCUUUUGUAAGUUCUACUGAAAAACAUUACUUCGAUUACUGAACCGUUUAUAUUGCUCUCUUAUCUUUAUGUG